GACAAGUGUUAAAAAUAAAAUGUGGAAAAACUAGUCUGGAGCUGAUCGGAUCAGUAUAAAUCCUCCUGUCGUGCAAAGCUGAGUCAAACCCUGCUGCUGCUGCUGCUGCUUCUGCUUCACCGUGGGUUUUUCCUCGCUACAAAUUCACUGUGAAACCAUGCGAGCUAUUUUCCUGCUUUCGUUUAGCCUGAUCCUGGCGUUCAGUGCCCUCGCUCAGAAACCACACCACUGCAAGUCGCCACCAUUCCUUGAGGGAAAAUUAGAAGUGAUCUUUCCUGAGGGAAAGACAUUUGUGUUUGAGCAGUUCUACUAUGAUGCUGUGGAAGAGAGGAUUCGUGUCAUUGAGGCUGGAAAGGAAGGCACUCAAAAAGUGUUUGUUGAUCGACUUAUGCUUUACAGAGAGAGGGUCUACUACGAGAUUCAUUACCACAACAAAACCUGUGUUAAGAAUUCCCUCAGUGAUGCCUUCAGCCCACUUGCUAUUCCCCUAGAGGCUCAGCACAGAGCUCAGUUUGUCUUGGGAAGCCUGUCUGCUCCUGGACAGGGGGUACUGGUCAACAACUGGGUGGGAUCAAUUCCUAAGCUCAAUGCAAACUAUUCCUUGAGCUUCACAGAGUUUGGUUGCAUUCCAAUCACCACUCUCUACAGUGUCCAGGGUGCCGGACAUUUUCUCUCAAGUUUCUUUGAUGUGGUGAUUGGACUCACAGACCCUGAAGUCUUUGUUCCUCCAUCAUUUUGUUCCUCAGCAGAGCUGGUGAAACAGGAUGAUGUUACGGCUGAUUUCUUCACUGCUCUGCUAUAGAGAUUCAGCCUAUGAAACAUGCAGAUACAGCUUUUUUUAAAUAAUAAAUGUAACUUUACUGGAUGUGGAUAUUAGCUGUAGUGUAUAAGAGAUUGCAUAAGAUCAGUUAAACAUGUUGACCUGUACUGAGAAAGGGUAAACUGUUUGCUCAAAACUCAUUUAUAGUGUAAGCCUUGAAGCAGUUGUUCGGGUCUUUAAUAAAUAUUUCUUGGAAAA